AUGUAUGGCCCAUCGUCUCCUAAAGACUUGGACAAGGAGAAAAUGUCAGCACCUGCAUUUAUAUGGAAAGAUAACACCUGUUCAGAAUGCGCUACUCCAUUACCUGAUGGAUGCAAAAAGAAAAUGUGCAAUAUCGACGCCUCUGAAGAUUUUGAAAAAUCUAAACAGCAGAAUAUGCAGAUAUUUCUUAACUGGUUCCAGGGUAACCUAUCGCAGACAUUUGAAUCUUUUAAAGAAUCAGCUAAAAUGCAAGUUCCUUCUCAGGAGAGGCAUUCGAAAAAACGUAAGCGAGAAAGAUCUCCCUCCCUGUCUGAGUUGUCAUCAGGAGAAUGCUCUGACACUACAUGCUCAUCAAAAUCUGUGAGGCGUCUAGUUUGGAAGAAGGUUUUCCUGCAGAACACCUAA